CGGCCAGCGAUGGAUCGACGCCCAGUGGUGGGGACACGCCUCCGAUGCGGUCCCUGUCGAGCUCCUCGGCCACGCCCAGCAGCGAGGGGGCCGCGCCCAGGGACGGAGACACGCCGCCGAUGCGUCCCCUGUCGAGGUCUUCGGCCACGCCCAGCAGCGAGGGGGCCGCGCCCAGGGACAGAGACACGCCGCCGAUGCGUCCCCUGUCGAGAUCUUCGGCCACGGCCAGCAGCGAGGGAGCCACGUCCAGGGGAGGAAGCACGCCGCCACAGCAUGCAGAGGCCGACUCGCCAGCGGCUCUGGUCCGCUCCUCGCGCCCGGCCAGCGAGGGCGACAGUGCGUCCCUGCGCACCUUGUCGGAGUCGUCGGGGUCGUCAGCCGGUGCGUCGCUUCCGACGGAGCGCGACGACGAGCAGAAAUAUGACACGCACCAAGUCGAGAUUUCCAUGGCCGAGGACGGCAAGCGGUUCGGCUUCUCCGUCAUCGGUGGAGCCGACGAGGGCAUACGUCCCAAGAUCGACGACAUCGCCAAAGGGUCGCCGGCUGACAAGGCGGACCUGGAGGUGGGCGAUGAGAUCCUGGAGGUCAACGGCAGGUCGCUGGAGAACGCCACCCACACCGAGGUCAUCUCCCACAUUCACCAGUGCAUACGCUCCAGGACAAUUUGUCUCCGCGUUAAGAGGAAGGCCGGCAAUAAGCUAGCGUUGGACUUGGCGCAGAGCAGCAACGUGCAGGAUGCGUUCGUCAUCGCCGUGGAGCAGCAGGCCCGCGAGCGUCUGGAGAAGCUGUCGGCCCUGCGGAAGAUCAAGCCGGUGGAUAUGACCAAGCUCUCCCAGCAGCUGUCCAGCACAGAGAAGGCGCAGGAGAGCAACCAGCUGAACGGCAUCAUCGAGUCCAACACCGUGUACGUGACGUCGGUGCCGUCGCUGAGCGGUGGAUCGCAGCGCGAGAACGCGCCGGAGCGGCAGGCCUCUAGCGGCGGCCAGGACUCGCUCGACGCCUCCGGCGAGCUCGAGCUGAACCAGGAGCUGCGACCGCGCGCCGCCACCGUGGUGGAGGUGACGCCCGAGGGCGGCGAGGCUGGCCGCCGGCGCAGGUCGCAGCGGCGCGCCGUCGAGGCCGCCGACGCGAUGGCCGGCCGCUGCGGCGUGAACGGCGCCGCGCCGGCCGAGGCGGAGGAUCCGCAGCGCGCCAGCGGCAAGUUCAAGAACAAGGUGUUCAUCUCGCACAAUGACAGCAAGCGGAGCAGCAAGGAGAGCCUGAGCUCCCACAAGUCGAGCCGGACGGCGAGCAGCGGCGGCGGUCGCAGUCGUGCUGGCAGCGUCGAGCAGCUGCAGCUGGAGGCCGUCAUGAACCAACUGGACCGCGGCCCGCACCGCGAGAUGGCCGUGGACGUGCCCGAGUCGUUCGUGGCGCGCACCAAGACGCCGCCGCGCUACCCACCGCCACGCGCCGCGGCCGCGGCCGCCGUUCCCGGCGCGCGGCCGGCGAACGGCGCGGCGCGGUCGGAGCCGCCGGCGCGCGAGGCGCCGGGCACGCCGACCGAGCCGCCAGCGCCGGCGCCGCGCCCCAGCCUGGAUCGCAGCCGCGGCAGCAGCACCACCAGCCGCGACUCGGAGCCGAGCCGCGAGCAGAUGGAGCGCAUCAGGAAGUACCAGGAGGACAUCCGGCGCGACCGGGAGAUGCGUGAGAAACGCUCCAAGGAGGAGGAGUUCCUGCGCUCGUCGCUGCGAGGUAGCGAGAAAAUGAAGCGGCUCGAACAGAGGCCUGCACCCACCGGCUUUGUGAACAAUGGCUAUGACGCGCACGGGCCAGAGCACGCGACCGCCGCCGCCGGUGGCAUAGAUGACUCCCAGCUGAAUGUGACUAACCUCAGCCUCGAGACCACGAUCCUGAACAAACUGUACCCGGCCGCCCAGGGCCCGCGCGAGCCCGCCUCCUCCGCCAGCUCGCGGCGCGCCUCGCAGGUGAACCGCGUCAACUCGGGCAUCGAGCGCGGCCAGACGCUGAACGGGCCUCCUGCUGCACCCGCAGAGCUCUCCGAGCUGCUGGCCUCGCUCAAGCAGAUCCAGCGGGCGCUGCGUUCGGACGGCCGCGGCCUGCAGCACGAGCUGGCGGCCGCCCAAGCGCUGCUCACCUCGCCAGAGUUCCAGCGCGUGCUGGCCGUGCACAACAAGGUGCAAGAGAUCUGGUGCUUUAGCGCGCCGCCCUCGGCGCUCUGCCACAACGCUCAGGACGUGGUGCAGGAGGUGGUGGGCGUGCUGCAGGACUCCUCGACGCCCGAGGCGGCCGAGCUGGUCGACCUGCUGACCCGGUUCGACAUGGAGGGCCUGCUGUACUCGCACGACCAGAUCGCGGUGCGCGGCUCGGCAGCCGCCUCGCCCGAGCCCAGCCCGCUGCUGGACGACUACGCCGAGCGCGUGCACCACUAUACGGACCCGCGCGUGCGGGUCAUCCGGCUGGAGAAGACCAACGAGCCGCUGGGCGCCACGGUGAAGAACGAGGGCGACUCGGUGCUGGUGGGUCGGAUCGUGAAGGGCGGCGCCGCCGACAAGUCCGGCCUGCUGCGGCCCGGUGACGAGAUCCUCGAGGUCAACGGCAUCGAGAUGAGGGGCAAGUCGGUGGACGACGUCUGUGAUAUUCUGGCCGGCAUGACGGGUAGUCUGGUGUUCCUGGCCCUGCCGCGCGAGGAGGAGGAGGAGCCGGAGAAGACUAAGCCGGCCCAGGCCGUGCUGCACGUGAAGGCGCACUUCGACUACGACCCCGAGGACGACAUCUACAUGCCGUGCCGCGAGAUCGGCAUGUCCUUCCAGAAGGGCGACAUCCUGCACGUGACGAGCCAGGAGGACCCCGACUGGUGGCAGGCGACGCGCGACGGCGAUGAGGACCUCCCGCUCAGCGGCCUCAUCCCCAGCCUCAGCUUCCAGACGCAGCGGGAGACGCUCAAACAGUCAAUCAUCGACAGCAGUCGGAAAGAGGGGAAGAAGACGAAAUUCCUCUGUGCCAAACGUACCAACAAGAAAAAGAAGAAAAUGUACAACGCCGAGUAUAACGACGACUACGAGGCUAACGAGAUCCUCACGUACGAGGAGGUGGGCCUGUAUUACCCGCGCGCCAACCACAAGCGGCCCGUGGUGCUCAUCGGGCCGCCCAAUAUCGGCCGGCACGAGCUGCGCCAGAAGCUGAUGGAGGACACGGACCGCUUCUCGGCCGCCGUGCCCCACACGAGCCGGCCUCGGAAGGACACGGAGCUGGACGGCCAGGACUACCACUUCAUCUCGCGGCCGCAGUUUGAGCAGGACAUCGUGAACCGCCUCUUCGUGGAGCACGGCGAGUACGAGCGCGCCUACUACGGCACCAGCAUCAACGCCAUCCGCACCGUCGUCAACAGCAGCAAGAUCUGCGUGCUCAACCUGCACCCGCACAGCCUCAAGAUCCUGAAGAACACUGACCUGAAGCCGUUCGUGGUGUUCGUGGCGCCGCCCUCGCUGGAGAAGUUGCGCCAGAUGAAGCAGAAGGCAGGCGAACAGGUUCGGGACGACGAGCUGAAGCAUAUCAUCGAGAAGGCGCGCGAGAUCGAGGAGGUGUACGGCCACUACUUCGACAUCGUCAUCAUCAACUCGGACCUGGGGCGCGCGUACGAGCAGCUCAUCCACGAGAUCAACACGCUGGAGCGCGAGCCCCAGUGGGUGCCGGCCACGUGGCUGCGGCAGGACGCGACGUAGCAGCGACGGCCAGGCCCUCGCGCCGCGAGCGUCGCCCCAGCUGCCGGCGGCCAUGACGCGGCCGCGCGGCGACCUGCCGGCCUCGGCCGCGCUCCAGUCACUCAGUAGCGGUCCCAGUGUCCCUCAGUGUACAGACGGCGGCCUCACUCUCCUCGGCCGCCGCCGCCGCUGCGCCGGACGGACCUGGCACCCGCCGCCGGCCAUUUGUUUUGUGGUAUUUUAUAUUUUGACGCGGCGCGCGGACGCCGCGCCGCCCGCGCGCCGCGAGUGUCCCAGACGCGCCGCGCGGCGCCGGGCCGGAGCGGACCUGGACGCUGUCGUCGGACCCCUUCCAGUCCGGGGCCCGGCCGGCGGGACCCCCCCGAGACGCGGUCGCCGGCUUUCGGUGUACGUCUUCCCGCGCGUGGCCGCCUCGUGGCCUCCAGACCCCGCCCCCGCCCCCGGCCCCGGCCCGCCCGGACGGGCCCCAUUCCCGCGGCAUUUCACCCGGCGUGGACUCGAAUAAGCCCCUGUACAGGCAGUACCGUAGUGUUAUUAUGUUACCCUGUAUAUUAUUGUUACUGUGUAUACCUGAAAAUAAAUAAAUUUCACGCUGCUC